AUGCAUCUACAACAAUCAUUAUCUAUCUAUCUAUUCAUCUAUUCAUCUAUCUAUCUAUCUAUCUAUCUAUCUAUCUAUCUAUCUAGUCUCAUCUGGUCAUAUGCAUCAAUCUAUCUAUCUAUCUAUCUAUCUCAUCUGUUCAUUAUGUAUCUAUCUAUCUAUCUAUCUAUCUAUCUCAUCUGUUCAUUAUCUAUCUAUCUAUCUAUCUAUCUAUCUAUCUAUCUAUCUAUCGUAUCUGUUCAUUAUCUAUCUAUCUAUCUAUCUAUCUAUCUAUCUAUCUAUCUAUCUAUCUAUUUCCGUAUAUAUGAUAGUUCAUAUAUAUCCAUCGAAGUUUGUUCUUCUAUCUAUCUAUCUAUCUAUCUAUCUAUCUAUCUAUCUAUCUAUCUAUCUCUCGUAUUUGUCAUAUCUAUCGCUGUCUGUUCAUUAUCUAUCCAUUUAUCUAUCGUACUUGUUCGUUAUCUAUCUAUCUAUCUAUCUAUCUAUCUAUCUAUCUAUCUAUCUAUCUAUCUAUCUAUCUAUCUAUCUAUCUAUCGUAAUCUUAUCAUUAUCUAUCUCUAUAUCAUAGUCUGUUCAUAUCUACCUGUCGCAGUCUGUUCAUCUAUCUAUCUAUCUAUCUAUCUAUCAUAUCCUUUCAUAUCUAUCUGUCGCAGUCUGUUCCUUUAUCUAUCUAUCUAUCUAUCUAUCUAUCUAUCUAUCUAUCUAUCUAUCCUUACCAAGCAAUAUAUUUAUGUGUGUGCAUAUGGUAUAUGCUUCCAUUCUUGUCUCUGUCUACAAUUGCCCACCUUUCAAUAG